AUGUCUGAAGAAAUGGGUUCUUCUGAAAAGAGGAAAUUAGAUGAGAUUUACUCAUCCGCAGAAGAAGAUUCAUACAUAAGUGAAUCUGAGAUGGAAGAAUAUGAAGAAAAAAUCUAUCAAAAGCUUAAAAAUGGUAAAAAGAAACAAGAGUAUGAAUGUAAACAUCUAGUUCAACAUGCUAAGGGCGCUGGUAAAAAGGGAUCUUCACUUAAGAAAUUACGAGAAAAAUCCAAACAUUUAGCUUUAGCCAUGUAUCUGGAGAAUGAUUGUGCACCAGCUGGGGAGGUUUCUAUGGAGGAGGGGCAAAUUCUGGAUGCUGGUUCAUCUACUGCAGUGGGGGCGAAGAAAUUUGUAUACCCAUGGAAAUGUGUUCUUGUGAAUCUUGAAAGAGAGUUCAAAGAUGGGAGAUAUGUUGCGCCGAGUGCGACUCGGAUUAAAGAGCAAUUGAAAAAAGAUGGGUUUAAUCCUGUCAAGGUACAUAGUUUGUGGGAUCCUGAUUAUGGGAAUACCGGUAAGGCAAUUGUGGAUUUUACGAGCGAUUGGUCCGGUUUAUGUGAUGCAAUGUCUUUUGAGAGUGUUUUUAAUGGCUUUGGGCAUGGGAAAAGACACUAUUGUUUGGAUAAAUGUGGAUUGGGAGGUAUGUAUGGAUGGGUUGCCAAGGAGGAUGAUUAUUAUUCGAAUUGUCUUUUAGGGAAAAACUUGAGGAAUAGUGAUUUGAAAACUAUUAAGGAUGUUCAAGCUGAAUAUGUAAGGAAGAACGAACAACUUGUGACAAAUUUAGUUCAUUUGGUGGAUGAGAAGAAUGACAACUUGGAACAAGUUCAGCUCAAAUUCAAUGAGACCAGCUACUCUCUCAAGAACUUGGCGGCUCAACAUGAUGAGCUAAAUAAAAAAUAUAAUGAAGAUCAGAAGGAACUUCUGGAGAAGAUGUCGUACGUGCGUGAAGAACUUGAGGCAAAAUUGGAAGCUCAAAGGCAGGAGCUCAAGAGGCAGAGAGAAGAGUUGGAGAAUGUUAAGGCACAAAACGAAAGUGACAGGGAGAAACUUGCCGAAGAGAUUAGAAAGAAUGCGGUGAAAAACAAUAACCUUGAAAUGGCAGAAAUGGAGCAAACUAAAUCGGACCAAAAUGUGUUAAGGAUUGCUGAAGAGCAAAAGAGAGCGAAAGAGGCUCGCCUCAAAGAAAGAAUUGAAGAGGAGAAGAAAUUCGAUGCCAAAGAUAAACUGGUAUUGGAGGUGGAACAGUUGACAGGGAAAAUGAAAGCCUUAACGCACAUGGCAUCUGCUGAUGAAGAUUUGGAGUUGAAGAAGAUAGUAGAAGAGCUGAAAGACAAGAAAGAAGAACUAGAAUACCUUGAAGACCUGAACCAGACUCUACUACUCAAGGAACGGCAAAGCAAUGAUGAGCUGCAGGAAGCUCGAAAAGUACUAAUCGAGGAACUGUACGAAAUUGGUAAUGGUGGUGCUAUUGGAGUUAAGAGAAUGGGGGAACUUGAUCCUAAACCUUUCCAGGAUGCAUUCAUGAGAAAGUAUAGUAGCGAAGAAGCAGACCUGAAGGCUUCUAAACUUUGCACUGUAUGGCAAAAAAUCAUUGGAGACUCAAAUUGGUUUCCCUAUGUAACUGUCAAGGCUGGGGAAGAUUCGCGUAAGACAAUAGUAAACGAUAAGGAUGAAAAGUUGAUUUGUCUGAAGAAAACCAUGGGUGCCAAGGCAGUCAAAGCUGUAGCAACUGCACUAAUGGAGUUGGACGAACACAAUCCGAGUGGAAGAUUAUUUGUAGACUGUGGUAACGCCGUAUCUAAUUUGGAUCUGUAA